CUCCCCUCUGGCUCUCCCCAGGUCUCACCUCCUGCUCUCCACUCAUUCACCCACCCUCCUUCCCACCUCAUCCUCCCUCAUCCUGCUUCUUGCCUUCUCUCUCUCUGCCCUUCAGGCCUCCUGCCAGAAGACAUCCUGACCCCCACCCUCUACCAUGGCUACUAUGUGCGACCCCGGGCCACCCAAGCUGGGGAGGGCAGCAGGGCAGGGGCCUCUGAGCUUCGGCUCAGUGAGGGCAAGUUCCAGGCAUUCCUGGAUGUGAGCCACUUUACCCCAGAUGAGGUGACCGUGAGGACUGUGGACAACCUGCUGGAGGUGUCUGCCCGGCACCCCCAGCGCCUGGACCGCCACGGCUUCGUGUCCCGGGAGUUCUGCCGCACCUACGUCCUGCCUGCUGAUGUUGACCCCUGGCGGGUCCGCGCUGCUCUCUCCCACGAUGGCAUCCUCAACCUGGAGGCGCCUCGGGGUGGCCGACAUUUGGACACAGAGGUCAAUGAGGUCUACAUCUCCCUGCUCCCCGCACCUCCUGACCCAGAGGAAGAGGAGGAGGCAGCUAGUGUUGAGCCCUGAGUGCCACAGACCCAGCACCCAGUGAACCCCUUUCUAGCUCCCGUGGUGAUAUGAGCAGCUGCUCACCACCCAGAGGUAGCAGCAUCCUUGCGGGAGGGAGAAGUGCGUGGUCCACAAUGUAUGGUUUGGUCCCUUGGGACGUGUCAUAGCAUUUUCCUCUAGUUUUGGGUGGAGCUGAAUAAACCCAAAUCUCAGGGC